AUGACUUUCAGAUACCCAAUUCAGCGUAUUAGACAUUUCAAAUGUCAACAGAGGGCCUUCUUUGCAGCAACAGCGGGUCCGACAAUAGUCAUAAUUGACUCGGGUACUGGGAUACAGCUGUCUGCUUGGCCGGAUUCUACUUUAUCUGCAAAAGAGAGUGGUGAUGCUAUUGAUACUUGCAAAGAACCUCCUGAAAAAAGAAGGAAGCUCUCUACCCAAAGUAACGAUGAGGCUGACAAGCCUAUGGAAAAUAAGCCUGCUGGCCUUGGAGCGACAAAAAUUCCGUGGUCUACGAUUCCCAUUCUUGUUGUUUCAAGCACUGGGGAUCAUAUUGUCGCAGUAACAGGAGAGGACAAGUGCCUGCGAGUUUUCACAGUGACGCGUGACGGAGCACUCGCCCAAAUAUCGGAGCGGUACAUGCCCAAGCGCCCUUGCGCAGUUACAUUGACCCCGGACAAUUCCACAAUUUUGUCAGGAGACAAGUUCGGCGACGUGUACUCAUUGCCGCUCAUCCCCAAAUCCGAAGUUGUUGUUUUGCCAUCAAGAAAAAGUGCAGAACCCCAGAAGACCUUUCAGCCCUCAGCUACUAACCUUACGGUUCAUACACAAAGGAACUUGAAGGCUCUGGAGCAACAGCUUCGCAACCCCCAUGUGGUACAAGAUAGAUCAGAGCCCACUUUUGAAUAUAAACUUUUGCUUGGCCAUGUGUCCAUGCUCACUGAUAUGACACUCGUAUCUAUACCAGCGACAGCCUCCAGCAGUGCCCGUUCAUACUUGAUCACGUCAGACCGUGAUGAGCACAUCCGUGUCUCUCGUGGACCUUCACAAUCUCACAUUAUUCAUAAUUAUUGCCUAGGGCAUACAUCUUUUGUCAGCAAACUCUGUGUUCCAUCCUGGCAUCCUAAUGUGUUAAUUUCGGGUGGUGGAGAUAAUUUUAUCAUUUGUUGGGAUUGGCACAAGGGCCGCAUCUCACAAAAGCUGUUGUUAGGCGGCAGUUCCAACAUCGAAAACGAGGAAACCGAAAACCAGACACCUAAUAAAUACGAUAUCAUUGUUUCAGGAAUAUGGGCCAUACCAUUCUCCGAAGUUGAAAACGCAAAGGGAGCCAUACUGGUAGCUUUGGAAGGUGUCCCUAAGCUUCUACCGUUUAGCUUAGAUCUCAAUGGCACUCUUCUUGCUCUUGCACCUCUUGAGUUAUCUGGGAAUCCCCUGGAUGUUAUCAGCCUUGAAAACAGCGGCAAGAUCUUAGUGUCACUUGAUAACAUCCACAAGCCAGGAUCCACCAACGAAUUGAGAGAUUCGACACAGGAGAGCCCGCUUUUACAAUAUUUUACCCCUUGUAGCAAUGGGGAGAUAAGUUGGACAAACAGUUCAAUUCCUGCAGUGGAUGUGAUCAAUGCGCGAGAAGCCACAGAUACUGAUGCGGAUUUGGGUAGCCAGAAGGCGGAGGCUAUGUCUAGCUUAUUAUAUACCAAUGGGAGUCUAAGGAAGUGGUCCGGAGGAGACGAUGCAUGA